GCUACAUUACAUAAACUGCUUAUAAAAUUUAGAAAAUAAAAUUAUAACUUGUUCCAUCAGCUUAACAAAACCAGCAAAUCUGAGAAAAAAAAAACUGCAUAGCAGUGAAAUAGCCCCUCAAAUAUCCCAACACAAAACCAAAAAAGUAACUUAAUAUACAAACUCAAAGAAGGACCAUACUAACAACAACCACACUCCAACAGUCUUAACUUAAUAUUUACAAAGAACAAGUAUCAUCAUCAUCGGAGGAGGAGGAGGAGGAAGUACUUCUCACUUCUCUGAAUAUGGACCUGGACGAUCUGGAUGAGCCAACCCAUGCUCCUUCUCGAGUCUCCAGGUUUGCUCCCAAGUCCUCUAAGUUCAAACCAAAACCCAAAACAGAAUCCGACUCCACACCACAGGACCCCAAGCGCGAAUUCGAACACCCCACUCUGAAACACGAGCCACAGGAAUUGAAGGUGAACAAAAAUGAGGACGAACUUGUCCUGCCGCCCAAGACUGAAAUUUUUUCUGAAAAUGGGCAUGUGAAAAUGGAGAUGGAGCCUAUCACCGAAGCUAAAGAAGAACCGAAAGAAAAUGAUGAUUUCAUGGACGUAGACGAUAGAGAAGAUACUGUUGUUCGAGAAAUUGACGUCUUUUUUAACCCUAAAAUGGAUGAAGAUACUCAGCUAUAUGUUUUGCAAUAUCCUUUAAGGCCUUGUUGGAGACCGUACGAAUUGGAUGAGCGAUGUCAAGAGGUGAGGGUUAAGCCUGGAAGUAGUGAAGUGGAGCUCGAUUUGUCCAUGGAUGUUGAUUCCCAGAAUUAUGAUCAAGACUGUGGUACCAAACUAAAAAUGACAAAGCAGACUUUGUGUAGUUUAUGGAAGACACCUCGAGCAACUGGCUACGCUGUGGGAGUUUUGAAGGGUAAUAAAUUACACCUCAAUCCUGUUCAUGCAGUUGCACAGCUUCGUCCAUCACUAAAUCAUUUGAGUUCUGGUGGCUCCAAAAGGAAGGAUAAGGUUACAGGAGAUGCUGAAGACAAAAUUAAAUUAGAAGAAUCUAAACUUGUUGGUUCUUCAAAGAAGCAGAUUAAGCAAGUGAAUUCAGUGGAGCAGAAAACUGCAGAUGGGGAGGGUUGGAUUCCACUCAAGUACCAUGGCUCCGACACUGAAUUUUCAUCCACAUAUAUACGAAAAAUGGUUGCUGAAGAGUCCUCACCUUUACAGUUUACAAUGACCCCGAGUGACUACAUUAACUCAUUGUGUCCUGGAGCCUUCAAGAAUGUUGAUAAGCCCAAAGGCCCUUCAAAGAGGUUGUUGCUUUCACUGCCCCUAGAAGAGCGUAUUAAGAAAUUACUUUGUGAGGGACCUCCUGUUCACCGAUUCAGUGCUCUUAAGCAUUAUGCUCCUGAUUGUACAACAGAAGAGCUUUUGGAUGUUCUUCAGAAUCAUGCUUUAUUAGUGCAAGGUUUCUGGGCUCCUAAGAGUUCGUUGUUGUAUACUGCUAAAGAGGAUGGCAUUCGACGUAUAGCUAGGGAUUACAUUCUUCUUUUAUUUUGGAAGAGUCCAGUUAUUACCACAUCAUCUUUACAAAAUCCACCACCUCUUAAAAAGGCGGUGAACGAAUUUCUGAGGGUUUUUUCUGUUGAAAGACCUAAAGUCAAAGAUUGGAAAUUUAAAGAGCAAACAGAUACUUCAUUUAUAAAACUCUACCCCGACAUUGUUAAGAAGCAAGAACAUGGUUGGGAAGAAGUGGAGAGACGUAUCAUGAGUAGUUUUGGAGACGGAAAAUCUGCACGUGGUGCAAAGAAUGUUGCCAUGCCUAGUAGGCCUGUGAGACCAUUGACUUCUGCAACAACAGUGGCAAAAGGUGCAAGUGAAGUUUUGAUGGGGACAAACAUUCCAGAUGAUAUUCGAGAAGCUCUGUCAUCAAAGGUCCUCCCAAAAGUUAUACAAGAUCACAAGGUUUGCAGCUUUCAGCUGAUAUGUCAAGGUUUACGUGAUUUGGCACUUAAUAAAUUGAAUCUUCCAAAGGCAGAUGCUAGAUUUGUAAGAGCGGCAGCAUAUGGUACUGAUUCUCCAGAUGAGCUGCGGAAACUUGUAGAUCAUGUUGCAAUCAAUAUUCAUGAUCUAUAUGUCUUGAAGUCAUCUCCAGAGCAUCCACAAUAUGAUCCAUUCAGGAAUGUUGUCAUUGAUCUUCUACGCCAGAAUGGACCCAAUGCGAAACUUAAAAAAGCGGAAAUUUUUGAUGCUGCUAAGAAAUCCCUAAACAGGGAUAUAAAUAACAAUGAGUAUAGUAAGGUCAUGAAUGAAAUUUGUGUAUUCAAGGGGUCAUUUUGGAUGUUGAAGAGCGGCGAUGGCAAUCCAAAAUGAUGGUCCUACAUUACCCCCAGAUGAAAUACGCUCAUCAAGGCAUAGCUGCCGCCCAAAGUUUUGAAGGUUAUACUACUUAGUUUCUUCCUCUCACAUGUGCUCAAACAUAAGUUUCUAUCUACAUCUCGGAUUCAUCAAACUCGCUAUCGACUCAUGACAUGAACACUAAAACUCAGUUUUCUGCAAUUGUUUUUAGAAUAGGGAUAUAUAAAGUAGGAGUAAAAGAGGAAUUGGUACAUUCUCGUGUUGGGGCUGCCUUUCAUAUCUUUUAAUGGCAAAUUUAUGCCAUCUUUUUGUCUUUCUAGUUCUGUAAUGGCUACUUUAUGGAUUUGUGUUAUAAUUGUGUGGUUUUUAUUACAUUAACACUGAAAUCCCAUAUAAGCCAUUCUUUGUAUAUUCUUAUCUUCUUCAGAGGUUUCACUUGAAAAGAAAGAUUCUUAUACUUAGCCCUCCUCUAAGUAGAGCAAUUUGUGGGAUUGGAAUAUAGUACUAGAAAUAGAAAAAUGACACUAUUUUUGCCA